AUGGGCAGAAUUCUUGACCGCCGCGCAGUGAGCCCUCACUGCACCACCCCCCAUGGGAUAGCUUACUGCAACGUCUGGGAUUGGGAUCAGCUUCGGAUGGUCAAAGUCAAAGGCACCGCCAAACUUUUUCCACCCGAGGAGGAUAGGGAGCUCUCAGUUCUGGCACAAUUCUCUGAUUAUCUAUCGCCGGAAGUUCGCGCUGUCAUAGUCGACGACGACGGGCUCCUUACCGGGGUUUCGACAAAUCCGAAAGAAGACGAUACUCUAUUUCUUGCAUAUAUCCCUUUCUCUUUAUGUCAAUCACUCGCCGGUUGUCGCACAAUCCAGUACUCUAAACUCCAAGAGCUCGAUCGGCUUGGACCGUUCAUUGAUCUUGUAUCGUACGAAGAGGAAUACGGGAUUCCCCAAAAGGUUGCUUUCAAGUUUAACGUCUUGAAUAAGCCUCUCAGACUACAAAUGGCUUGGGAUGAACUCAAUAUUCUCAAAAGUCUACCGCCACAUCCUAAUAUCAUACCCUUUGAUCGUGUUGUCCUUGAAGAUCAAGAGUCUCGGGUGAUUGGGUUCACAACAAAAUACAUCCCAGGUGGAACUCUCGCCAAUCCAAAGAUUUCUUUUCGAUUCGAAUGGCUGCAACAGCUUACUCGAGUCGUGGAUUUUCUCAACCUAGAGCUAGGGAUUAUGCAUCAAGAUAUCGCACCCCGGAAUUUGCUUGUCGAUCCUUGCACCCAUAAGAUCGUUCUCUUCGACUUCGAUCGGGCUGCAUCUGGACAGCGACGCCUAUACGAUGGUCGAGAUGAUGUUACUAGUGUCGUUUUUACACUCUACGAGCUGGUCACAAAGGAUACAUCCUUCUCGGGCAUCCCGCACUCGGAUCGACAUAUAGACAUGGUGCAAAAUAUGUCAGAGUGGGCUAGUAAUCGCGAGCUAGACUCUGAGGUGUCGAAAUUUCGCAACUUUCUGAAUGAAUGGGUAGCAACACGAAGAUCUGACGGGGAUAUGGAACGAUAUCUCAAUGCACCACACCGAUUUACAUGGCCGGACCUACCAACAGCGCCCGAUUACAGUCUACCAUUCCAGAUGGGCACAACCUGGGAUGGAAAGGCAAACUGGAUUACUGGCCAUCGGUCUAGAAACACAGCAAUGGAGAUGGGGCAGUAUUGCUUUCGCUGGGAGCGGCCACCACAGAGCCGCUCUUUGAUCGAGGCCAAGCAUGGUGUUAAGUAG